GUUAUCAUUUGAGAAACAGGAUGGGAACGGUUAAAUGGAAGGUAAAGUAAAGACGUUUGGAUAUGUCAAAUGAGUUUCUAUUUCAAAAUGUGAUUGAAAACAGAAUUUUGGAACUUGGACUGAUAGGUCUGUAAUGAGGGAGGAUUAUGGCAAGUAAAGAAGAUAAUGUUAUGAAACAGGCAUUUAUGAUAAAGAGAUCACAGAAUAAAAAGAGAUUGGGACCAGUUAAUUAUAAAUCUCGUUGGUUUGUUUUAACAUCUAAUACUUUAUAUUAUUAUGAUGGAAAUCAAGAGAGGAAAGGCAAGUUAAAAGGAAGAAUAGAUCUUAAAUCAGUAAGAUUUAUUGAGUGCCUUAAUGAUGAUGCUCUUGAUAGGAAAUAUGCCUUUCAGAUAGGUUAUAAUGAGUAUCAACUUUAUGUUAUUGCAUCAUCUGCUGAUCAAAGGGAUGACUGGAUUAAUACUCUGAGAAAAUUAUGUGCUGAUAAUCUUGAUCUUCUUGAUAAAUAUCAUGGUGGAAUCUGGUCCAAUGGUCACUGGACUUGUUGCGGUCUUAUUGUUCGUAAUGCUACAGGUUGCUUAACUACAUGGAUAGCUAAUAAUCAUUUAUCACCAAAUGAACCAAAACCUCUUCCUCAAUUGAAUAUUCAAAACUCAGGUAAUAAAAUUAAUAAUACACCUCCUGUUCAUGAGAAAUCUAUCAUGAAUAAAUCUAAUAACCCAAAGUUAGUUGUUGCUUUGUAUCCAUUUCAAGCCAUAGAAAAAGGAGAUCUAUCUCUUGAAAAGGGUGAAGAAUAUGAAGUAGUGAAUGAUUCCCAAGAACAUUGGUGGCAAGUUAAAGAUAAAUAUGGAACUGUUGGUUAUAUUCCAAGUAAUUAUGUUGAAGAAAAAGCUUCUUUAGGAUUAUGGCAAUAUGAAUGGUAUGCUGGAGAUAUGUCUCGACAAAAAUGUGAAAUUGUACUUAGAACUGAAAAUAAAGAAGGAACAUUUGUUGUUCGUAAUUCUUCUACAAAAGGAAUGUUUACACUAUCAUUGUUUACUAAAAAUCCUCAUCCUCAAGUCAAACAUUAUCAUAUUCGAACAAAUGCCAAAAUGGAAUAUUAUUUAUCUGAAAAACAUAUCUUCUCAAAUAUUCAAGAUCUUAUAUAUUAUCAUAAACAUAAUAGUGGCGGAUUAGCAACAAGACUCAAACAACCACCUAGUAGCCAAACAAGAACUGCUCCAACUACAGCAGGGUUAAGUCAUGAUAAAUGGGAAAUUGAUCCUUCUGAAUUAACUUUAUUGGAAGAAUUAGGAAGUGGUCAGUUUGGUGUAAGUAUAAAAUAUAGAUUAGAAAUUAGAGUAUUAAAUAUAAAUUAAUAUUGAAAGAGCCACCGCAAACUACAGGAUGCAGGAGCUAGCGUACGCUCGCUCGCGCUCCUAAGCCCCGCCUUUUUUCCCAUGAUGCUUUGAGCCAUUUUUGCUAGGUAAGCUACGCGAGCACGAAGCAGCCGCAAACUACACAACGUUUGCUCGCGUAACGUAGUCCACAUGACGUGGAUUCCACAGAUGUAGAUUGGCUAUAGAACAAGAUUUUAUUAUAACCUAUACUUGUAAUCAGUCAGUUUUCGUUCCGAACUUUGAAACAGCAUGGAAAAAACAUGUUUACUAGUUAAGCCUAACUAGGCUUAACUAGCCGAAAACUAUUUAUACUGUAUAUUACUAUUUACAUACAACGGUUAUACUAUUUUCUUUUCAAUACUGAAUGUAUUAAUCAUGUAAUUUACGUACAUCGAUAAAAUUCUAUAAUUUCUUUUUCGAUAUGUGACAUGUUUAUGUUGUCAUCCAUUUUUCCCGUCCUCUUUUGCUAGCGUAAAUACUCUAGUUGUUGAAAUAUCUGAACAGCGAGCGUACUCUCGUAUCGCUGCGCUAGCGAAGGAAAAA